GCGAACUAAAACAACACACCGAAAUGCAACACCCGCUCCCGAACGCGCCCAUCUUUUUGUGCCCCCACCCCCAAUGCCCCCUCAGUUUCAGGACGGAGCGCCAUUUGAGCGGCCACCUUAAGCGGGUACAUUCCACCCAGAAAAAAGAUGAGUGCACGUUUACCUGCGAAAUUUGCGGAUUCAACACAAAAGAGGGGAAGUCCUUGAAAUUGCACAUGCUCCGGACGCACGAUGAUAAGGCGGAGCUCGAAAAAGCGAAGAAACACCGGUGCUACUUUUGCGAUAAGAUGUUCCUCACGUGGGGCGAGAUUCUGCUCCACUUUUCCAUCCAUACGGGCGAGAGGCCAUGCAUUUGUCACGUGUGUGGAAAAGAUUUCACCCAGCCGCACACGUUGAAGGCACAUUUUAAAGUGCAUAAAGAAAAUGGGACAUUUUUUCCAAAACCGGACGAUUUUUUUGGUAUGAAGAAGGAAGUCGAGGGGGCUGAAGAGGCGCUGGAGUAUUUUAUGCCUUGAAUUAACCUUAAAAUAUUUUAUAACCGUCUCCUUACCAAAAAUUAAGUAGAUAGAUUCCUCCCUUAAUUUUAGCCAUACAGUAUGCAUGCAUGUAUGCAUGCAUUUAGAAAUACAUACAUAGUAAAAAUGUUGAUGCAUAUACAUAUAAUGUGCGUGAGACAAAAAGGUUCCAAAUUACCACUCUCUUUUUGCUUAUGCAUAUGCAAAAAAAAAUAAUAAAAACUUCAUUUGUUCGACAGAUCAAGAAGGUUUUUUUUUUAAUUUGUGAUGAAGUAAAUAAAUACAUAAUAAUAACAAAAAUUAUUUUACAACAUAAA